AUGAAGUGGUUUGGUGGCUCCGAGUCUCUUCGUCGCCUUUCUGACUCGUAUCCGAAUGGUUUACUAACACAGCAGACGUGGAGCAGCAUAGCGCAGCAGUUGCAACCCAAGCGGGUAAAACACUGGUUUGAAGGGCCCAGAGUUAAGGCAGGGGGUAUCAGGCGAUCGGUACUUGAGGGUAAGCAACGUGUGAGAAAAUGGGUGCUACAUGAGAAUGAAGAAGGUCCAAUUUCGUCUGUCUGGUACCCCACUCACUGGCUGGCGAAAGUUCAUGUCGUAACGGACGGAGUAGUGGCGAUGUCUUCUCUAGCUAGCUCGAAGAAUAGCUAUGGCGGCUUAUGCAUUGUGAAGAGGCAUAGCCUGCCUACGGAGGAGCAUAAACGACGUUUCAUGGCCAUUAGCUAA